GACACCCAGCGUUUAUCACCCGGGGAAGUCAUUGCACCAGUGUCAGUCUAUGGGAAGUGCGCAUGUUUUGAAAGAUGGCGGACGUUCCUAAUGAUGCACCAGAACACUGUCCGGGCACAAGCAGUGACCAGGCUGGUAAAUCAUCAGCAUGUCAAGGAUGCCCAAACCAAAACAUAUGUGCAUCUGGUGCUGCCAAAGCUCCGGAUCCAGCCAUAGAGGAAAUCAGACAGAAAUUGACCUCUGUGAAGCACAAGAUUCUGGUUUUGUCUGGAAAAGGAGGUGUUGGGAAGAGCACGUUCAGCGCACAUUUGUCUCAUGCAUUGGCUAGUGAUGACUCCAAAGAGAUUGCACUGCUAGAUGUAGACAUCUGUGGGCCAUCUAUACCAAAAAUAAUGGGGUUAGAGGGGGAGCAGGUUCAUCAGAGCGGCUCAGGCUGGUCCCCAGUGUAUGUUGAGGACAACUUGGCCGUCAUGUCCAUCGGCUUCCUGCUCAGUAGUCCAGAUGAUGCUGUUAUCUGGAGAGGCCCUAAAAAGAAUGGCAUGAUAAAACAGUUUCUGAGGGAUGUGGACUGGGGAGAAGUGGAUUAUCUGAUCGUAGACACGCCUCCAGGAACAUCUGAUGAGCAUUUGUCCAUCGUGCAGUAUCUCAGCGGCGCUGGCAUCGACGGAGCCGUCAUCAUCACCACCCCGCAGGAAGUAUCUUUGCAGGAUGUGAGAAAAGAGAUCCGAUUCUGUAAAAAGGUCAAAAUACCUGUCAUAGGUGUGAUUGAAAACAUGAGUGGCUUUGUUUGUCCUAAAUGCAAGAAUACAUCACAGAUAUUUCCUCCAACCACAGGAGGAGCACAGAGAAUGUGUGAAGAACUAAAUCUCCCUCUUUUGGGCAGAGUCCCCCUGGAUCCACGGAUAGGGAGAAGCUGUGACGAGGGAAGGUCUUUCCUGACUGAAGUUCCAGACUCUCCUGCUGCAGUGGCCUAUCAGAAUAUUGUCCAGAGUAAGUCAUCCAAACCCCAGCAAGCAUCUCUAAAACAGACCUGCCUCACACAAAUCAGAGAUUACUCUUCUUCCCAUUCUACACCUGAUGAUCCCUGUUGACGCAGAAAUGUACAUCACAUCUUUGUCCAGCCAGCGGGGAUGUCCUAUGAAUUCAGACAGCAGUGUCAUGUGAUUAAUCAGUCACAAAAUUAAGGUCAUUAUGAAUUGUGCUUUCUGCUCAACACUCUUGCUCACCUUUAUAAACUCAUUUACAGAGCAAAUGGAAAAUAUUGUCUGAAUUCCUGGGUUCCUUUCAAAUCACAGAUUUUGAAAAUAUAUGUUUUUUUUUAAGAUUUGAAAAAUAGUUUGUUAUAAUAUGUCAAAAAAUGAAUUCAUGUUGUACAUUAGAAGUACAGAUCACAAGUCACAAUCCAAGAAUCCAAAUUUGUAAAUUGUAAAUGAUGAAACUGAAAGCACAAUAUAAUUAUUACUAUAAUGACAAUGGGCAUGUUUCAGCAGGCCAGGAGAAAUUGUUUAUCAGAAAAGUUAAUGUGUGCCAUAUAGUGGCUUUUCCCGUCAAUGAGAUGUAAUGGCUAUAUAAUGUUUAAUUUUGCUAAUAAAUUUCUCAAGAUAACAAUUUCUAAAUCCAGUC